AAUGCACAAGUCAGUCAAGGACCCCCACAAACUCAACACCGCGACCAGACUGGAAAAGGUGUUGGUCGACAACUUCUGCAUUUGCGAAGGGUGCAGUGUCCCUCGCUGUCUCAUGUAUGAGAUUUACGUGGAGACCUGUGGGCAAAACACUGAGAACCAAGUCAACCCGGCCACCUUUGGGAGGUGUGAAGAUCAUUCACCGAUGAAGAGAGACCCAGUUGGUGGAUCCCCUUUGUCUGAAUUCAGGAGAUGUCCAUUUUUGGAGCAAGAGCUAGCAAAGAAAUACUCUUGUAAUGUGAUGGCCUUCCUUACUGAUGAAUACUGCAACUAUUGUCGAGACAUUUUACGAAACGUGGAAGACUUGCUUACUUCCUUCUGGAAGUCUCUGCAGCAAGACACAGUCGUGCUGAUGUCAUUGCCUGACGUGUGCCAGCUCUUUAAAUGUUACGACGUCCAGCUGUACAAGGGAAUUGAGGAUGUUCUCCUUCAUGACUUCUUGGAAGAUGUUUCUAUUCAGCACCUGAAAUCUGUGCGGUUAUUUAGUAAGAAAUUUAAGCUGUGGCUUCUUAAUGCUCUGGAAGGUUUUCCAGCCCUCUUGCAGAUCUCCAAACUCAAAGAAGUUACUCUAUUUGUCAAAAGACUAAGAAGAAAGACGUACCUUUCCAACAUGGCUAAGACUAUGAGAACGGUAUUGAAAAGUAAGAGGCGUGUCGGCGUUUUGAAGUCAGAUGUGCAGGCCAUCAUCAAUCAAGCCACUUUGGCUACUUCUAAGAAAGCCCUGGCAAGUGACCGGAGUGACGCAGAUGAACUGGAGAACAACCCAGAGAUGAAAUGUUUAAGAAACUUAGUUUCUUUGCUGGGAACAUCAACAGAUCUCAGUGUAUUCCUCAGCUGUCUGUCUUCACAUCUCCAAGCAUUUGUGUUCCAGCCCAGCAGAAGCAAAGAAGAGUUUAUCAAAUUGGCCGCCGGCUUCCAGCUGAGAUGGAACCUUCUUCUCACUGCUGUGAGCAAAGCCAUGACCCUCUGCCGCAGAGACAGUUUUGGCUCCUGGCAUCUGUUUCACUUACUGCUUUUGGAAUAUGUGAUUCAUACACUUCAGUCAUGCCUAGAGGAGGAAGAGGAGGAAGAGGACAUGGGGAACGUCAAGGAGAUGCUACCAGAUGACCCGACUCUUGGCCAGCCAGACCAGGCACUUUUCCACCCUCUGAAUUCCUCAUGGCCCCAGACGUGUGCUGGCCCCAGCGUGGAGUCACUGGGGGUGACACCGACACACAUGGGCCAGGGCCGAUAUCCUGUGGGUAUAAGCAACAUGGUCCUCAGGAUCCUGGGCUUCCUGGUGGACACUGCCACGGGCAAUAAGCUCAUCCAAGUGCUGUUGGAAGAUGAAACCACCGAAAGCGCAGUUAAACUCAGCCUUCCUAUGGGACAAGAAGCCCUCAUAACCCUAAAAGAUGGACAACAAUUUGUGAUUCAGAUAUCAGAUGUACCCCAAAGCUCUGAAGACAUUUAUUUCAGAGAAAGCGAUGCUAAUGUGUGAGAUUAUUUAUUUGUAUAGAGAAUAAGAAAACUGAUAGACUUGCAUUCUUAAAAAUAUUAAAUACUAGAGUUUUUCUAUUGACGGAAGACGAUGUUAUGUAUAUAAUAGAUGUAGCAUUGUCUAGUUUAUGUUUAUGUAUUUCUAAGGAGGUGGUUUUGAUACAAUAUAUAAACUGAUUUGGAGAAU